UCCCGAGCCCCAGGGCUAUAUAAUCUCCGCCCUGCGCCGCUCUCCAAAAUCCAAAUACUCCAUCCGCAAGCAGUUCAAGGCAGAGAGCAGCAGAGCAAACCAGCCAGAUCGUCGUUUCGGUACCUGUCGUCAAGCAUGUGCAAGGUCAUCGGCACGGUCCAGUCGCUCGCCUGGCUCCGCCGCGCCGUGCGGCGGUGGCGCUCCAGGUCGGCGGCCUCGGUGCGGCGGCUUGCCAAGGACAUGCUGGACGCCGCGGUGCCGGCGGGGCACGUGGCGGUGCGCGCGGAGGGCAGCGGCGCCGGUGAGUCGUCGUCGAGGCGGUUCGCGGUGCCGCUGGCGCAGCUGAGCCACCCGGCGUUCUGGGAGCUGCUGCGUCAGGCGGAGGAGGAGUACGGCUUCCCGUCGGCCCCCGGCCCCCUCGUGCUCCCAUGCGACGAGGGCCACCUCCGCGACGUCCUCCGCCGCGUCUCCUCGUCGAACGCCGAAGGGUGCCGCUCAUUCCGGCGCCGCAGCGUCAUGGCGGCGCCCCUGCUGCAGGGCGCACGAUGACUCUGGCGCCAUGGUGGCGCCGCCUCGUCUCGUGAUCGACCGGCCGUUCGUUCGUGCGCCCAGCCACCGUACAUCGCAGAAGCGGGAUAGCCGUGUCAAUUUGGUCCUUUUUCCUACCGGCCGGAAGGAGCGGCCAGCAGUAGUACAACUCCGGCUACGCGCGCGGCGCAGUGCCAUCCGUGGCGACGAGUGUGCGCGCUGAAACGGGGCAACCGGGCAAGGGCUUACCAGAUCGACCCGAUGAUGAAUUACGUGAUUACUUCUGCUAUGCUACGCUAUCAAUCCUUCAGUCGAGUUGGCAUUACAAAAUGUACACAUCUUCUCGACAUAGAUAUUGAAUGUUUAUAUAUUUUCGUGCCAUUUGCAGGUACACAGCUAGUAAACGCAUAGCUCGAUUGUGUCUUAAAACUUAGAGCA